CCCUGCAGCGACAUCAGCGAAGAGGAAGAGUUAAAUCGGUCAGAGAGAGCGUGUGGAGCUGCAGAGAGCGAAUGGACCGACAAACCCGGCUCUGAGCUGACAGCAGAAACUCAGACAGAGGAGCAGCUUCAGUGACAGACUGCUGUCAAUGUCCUGCUCCACAGAAAGACUGGGAUCAUUCCUCCCCCAUGCCAUCAGACUCUUCAACCUGCAUCAUACAUGACACAUACACGCAAGCACACAUGUCUUUACUGUUUGUGGUGGUUGAAAAUGGACCCCAACAGUGAGACCAAGACGAUGACCUCUUACCUCCCAGCCAACCCCGGCAGUGAGACCCAGAAUGUGGCCCCAACCAAAGGCCCAGGCUGCAGCUGGCUGGUGGUGGUAGCAGCUUUAGCUGCCUCUCUGAGUGGCCUGAUGCUGGGCUAUGAAAUGGGCCUAACUUCUGGGGUCCUGCUGCAGCUGCGAGGACUCCUCUCCCUCUCCUGCCGGGAACAGGAACUGCUGGUCAGCUCCCACCUGCUCGGUGCUCUCCUCAUCUGCCUGGCCGGAGGCCCCAUUCUGGAUCGCUAUGGCCGCCGCUGCUCUUUGCUCCUGAGUGGCGCCUUGGUGGUUGUGGGAACUGUCGUGCUCGUUGCUGUGACUUCACUUGUCUCACUCACACUUGGCCGCGUGAUAGUCGGCAUGGGAACGGCACUGUCGGGGACAGCGGCGUGUCUGUACAUUGCAGAGAUCUCCCCAAGAGAGAGGAGGGGUCUUCUGGUGACGCUGUAUGAGCUGAUGUUAGUUGUGGGCGUUAUGCUGGGAUUCAGCUGCAGUUACGCCUUCGCUACUCUGCCCAAUGGUUGGGUGUACACAUUUGGACUGGUGAUCCCCCCAGCACUGCUGCAAAUAGGUGCACUCCUAUUCCUCCCGUGCAGUCCACGCUUCCUGGUUGCUCAGGGUAAACUGGAGCAGGCCAAAAUAGUUCUGGCCAAAAUGAGGGGCGGCGUCACGGAGCAUGUAGAGGCGGAGCUCACGAACAUCCAGACAGGACUUAAAGAGGAAUCAGAGCACAGUUUCUGGGAGUUGUUCAGUACCAAGUCCAACCUCCGUUCACGGCUGCUAACGGGUGUAGCUUUAGUUUUCCUCCAGCAGGCUACUGGUCAGCCUAACAUCCUCUCUUACGCUUCACCGCUUCUCCGCAGCGUAGGCUUCAACAGCGACGCUGCAGCAACUCUGGCCUCUACAGGGUUUGGGGUGGUCAAAGUAGUUGGCACCAUCCCCGCCGUGUUGCUGGUCGACCGCGUGGGACCUAAGAGCUUUUUGUGCGUCGGCGCUGUGGCAAUGGGACUCUCGCUCGUUGUACUUGGCGCACUGACACUCCAAAGCCACACCCACCUCACCAGCCUGUGCAAAAGUCACACGAUGCCAAACUACACUCAUACUCUGUGGGAUUUAAACAGAAACUCUACAGAGCCAGAAAACAGUGACAUUUUUCCUCACCUCCCAGGUCAGUGGAGUAGUGAGGAGACAGAGAGGACUAGCAGGGAGGAUGAUGGGAUUCAGGAGUUGGGAGGAGGACGGACUCAAGAAGUGUCUUCCUCGCUGAAAUGGGCAUCAUUGAUCAGUCUGCUGGCGUAUGUGGCGGCUUUCUCCAUUAGCCUCGGGCCAAUGGUGUAUGUGGUCCUCAGCGAGAUCUUUCCAAUGGGAGUCAGAGGCAGGGCCGUGUCUGUGGUGUCGGCUGUAAACUGGGCCACCAACCUACUCAUCUCCCUCACUUUCCUCACAAUUACGGAAAAAAUUGGUGUUCCUAACGUGAUGUUCCUCUACGCUGCCAUGAGCUUUGUGCUCCUAGUGUUUGUUAUCCUCUGUGUUCCUGAAACCAAAGGUCGAACCCUGGAGGAGAUAUCAAAGGAACUUGCUAAGAAGAAGCAUUUUCAGGGGAGUCUUUGUGGGGAGGUUCAGCCUCAGGAGAGUCUAAUCCAUAGCAGUGCAGCUCCGGAGAUACACGUGAAAAACUGAGACCUCCACCCCUCCACAGCUGUGCACCUUGACCGAGCAUCUAGAAGAAUACUAAUAUACUAGUCUUUCAUCUGGAGUCACAUCUUUACAAGUCGGCUGCUCCAACUGUAGAUCCUUAUAGCUUCAGAGGUGAAGGGAGAAACAUACAUUAUACAACAUACACUACAGUAAUUACAUAAUGAAGAGGUAUUUACUCCAAUUAGGACAGCUCAGGGUUUUUUUUGUUUGUUUUGUUUUUUUAAAUCAAGAGAAAAGACACUCCAUAUGUCAUAUGUAGCAUAAACACACGGCAUUUUAUCACAGCAUCGUAGUCGAGGCAGUUUUAAGUGGCACAUUUCCUGCGGUGAGGCAAUACAAAGUGCUUUAAACAAAAUAAUUAAGUUUUAAAACUGUUUGAGUUGGAAUUAAAACAGUAGAGGACAUUGCAGGAUAAUCACAGAUGAGCACAACCACCUCCACUCUAAAUGCUAAAAAAAAAAACAUGGUGAAAUAAAUAUUAAGUUGAAUGUUUUACUGCAAGAAUUACCUUUUUACAAUUUAAUUUCCUUUUUUUUUUAAUUUUGUGCCUUGAAUGUAGGAGUUAUUUAUUAACGUCGGCCACCUUGAAAAUCUUUAAAACCACUGUGUUAUUUUGUUAAAGCUGUUAAAUGUAACCUGCUAUAUGGACAAAGGAAAAAUACAAAGUACAAAGCAA